CUCUUCGUAAAAUAUUUGCAAUGUUUUUUUGGCAUUUGUGUUUUUUCACAUUGACUUUGGUAUUUGCGUUCACCAAAGCCGAGGCAAUCGAUGAAAAUGAAAUAGAACGUUUUUGCUAUCCAGAGCAGCACAAAAACACCCGGCAAUCGUGUGAGUGUAACAAUGAAAAUGCACCGCCAUGGGGCAUACGCGCCAUAAACAUCGAUUGCAGCUACAAGAACCUGAAAACUGCGGACUUCUCUGAGGCGUUGCCGCUUUAUGUGAACACCUUAGACUUGUCUUGGAACUCAAUAGAUCUGGUGCCGACGCUGGCUAGUGAUAGUCUACGGGUGUUGAAUAUUAUGCACAACAACAUCACCACUGUAACCAACAAAAAGUUUGUGAAGGUCACGAAUCUACGCGAGCUCUACUUGAACUGGAACAGCAUUCAGUCCAUCGAGUUGAACGCCUUCGACGAGCUGGCUCAUUUGCAUGUAUUGGACUUGUCGCAUAACAACUUACAUGCUUUAGCUCUACAGCUAUUCCGACCGUUACUGGUGCUAGAUACAUUGAAUCUAUCGUGGAACCGACAUCUUAAUCAGACGGAGGGCAUACAAGAGCGGGAUUUUUAUCGCACUUUCGGCGUGUAUUCCAAACUACGUAUAUUGCGUUUGCAAGCAUGCAGUUUAACCGAUCUGCUGUUGCCCGAGAAGGCGCCAUUGGCUGAGUUGGAUUUACGGUCUAAUAGGCUGGAAAAAAUGCCAACGCAACUGCCAAGCACUUUGGUGAAACUUGAUAUUAGUGGCAAUCUAUUUCACACCUUUUCGGCGGCUAUGACAGCUAAUCUGUCUGCCUCGUUGAGUGAAUUAUAUGUGGAAGACAUGCCACGUCUGCACUUUGUCGAAGACAAUGCAUUUCUUCCACUGACUGGCUUACAAAAGGUUAGUUUUCAGAAUAGUCGUCGGUUGACGGAGUUUAGUGGCAGAGCGUUUGGUGAUGAGGCUAGCCGCUUUCCAGAGCUACGCACUCUCAUUUUUAGAGGCACUUCAGUGGGUUUUUUUAAUGCUACUUUGGCGCCUAUUUUCAAACAACUUACCGAAUUGGAUCUUAACGGUAUGCCGUUGGUCUGUGACUGCGAGUUAGUAUGGAUGAAAGGGCUGAUAGUGGAAACGAAUGGUCGCUGUUUUAAUCCAUCACGUUUGAGGGGAGAAAGCCUCACGACAGCUGAGAAGUCCGAUUUCAGCUGUGCGCAUUGGCCCCAUUGGGUGGGUGGGCUAUUUAUUUUCGGCCUCAUACUGCUUUGCGCCGCGGGCAUUUACGCAAUAGUGAUGUGCUUAAGACCUAACAGAGGUGGCGUAACUCUGCGCCGCAAGGUGGGCUCAGGUAGUCCGUAUGCAAGAGUUACCAUUGAACCAAACAGACAGGAAAACUAUUAUUGAUUUCCACGAUUUUUAAUUAAGGUAAAAACAUGUGA